UGACAAGUGGUUGUUGGUACUUACAUAAACUGUUUGUGUUUGUGUCUGUUGACCCGCUAAAGCUCCCAAUCGGGUUAAACCCGGCAGCGAAGGAGAUGAAAACGAGAUCAUCAUCAGCCUCCGUUCCGGCGAGUAACAGUCGCGAAGCCAAGCUACAGAUCGUGGACCCCACUCCAUCUCGCCGGAAAUCUUUGCAUGGUUUGAAUCGGCCGCGACCAUCGUCUCGUAGAAGCAAAGGCCGUGUCGACGAUUCGGAUCGUCGCAGCUAUGCCUCCAAGGGUUUCCGUUUGCCUAAAGGAUGGACCGCUGAGGAGUGUCCGAGGAGAAACUCCUACCAUAUUGAUAGGUUUUAUGUUGAGCGAAAAACGGGAAAGCGGUUCCGUUCCCUUGUCUCCGUUGAGAGAUACUUGAAUGAAUCAGGGAAGCGUAAAGAUCAUCAUCAUCAGCAGCAGCUUGUGCUUUUACAGCAGCAGCAUCACCGUGUCCCUUCCAAAGAUUUCAAUCUACCUGAUGGUUGGAUCGUUGAGGAGAAACCCCGGAAAAAUUCCGGUCGAAUUGACAGAUUUUACAUUGAGCCAGGAACAGGGAAGAAGUUCCGUUCUCUGCCUGCUGUUGAGACAUACUUGAACGGUGGUGCAGUUGAUUCCGAGCAGAUUUUAGCGAACCCGGAUGGUGUCGGAUUUGAGAGCGUGGCUAUUGACCCAAACCCACCGGAGAAAGUUAAAUGGGUACUGACGGGUCCAGGAGGAAACAUGUUUAGUGCGCAUGUUAGCGGCUCGGACGUCUCUAGCUCUGUCCAAAAGACAUGGUCCGAGGCUUUUGUCUCAUCGAUCCAAGAACGGGUUUAACAAAUGUCUGCUGAUUCCUUGAUUUGGGCAUUUUGGGUCGGUUUUUUUAUCACUUUUUAAUUUGAAUGCUAAUAAGCUAUCCCGGUCAGUAGUCCCUCCAAGUUGUUUUUAUUUCAUUUAGUUUGUAACUGACCUUAAUAACCGGUUUGGAUAGCUUUAAAAGUUUAUAGUCGAUGUGUACCGGGCAUGAAAGAUAGUGUGCAAUAGUGAACCAACAUUUGUCGGAUGACAAUGAAACC